CAAUCGUUGUAUUAAACUUGGGUCAUUUAAAAUGCAUACGAGAUAUUUAUUUUUCUUCCUGUGGGUAGUUUUGGGAGAUGCAAAACCAGAUAUAGAAGGUCGUGUAGUUGGUGGAAAGGACGCCGCCAAAGGCUCAGCACCUUAUCAAGUAUCGAUCAGGUUGGGUUACGUCGAAGGUGCCCCGAAAAAACACUUCUGUGGAGGCUCCGUUUUGAACGACAAGUGGAUUUUGAGCGCCGCUCACUGUACUUACCAUGUUCCAAUUGGUAUCCUCACAGCAGUCGUAGGAACAAUGAAACUGUCCUCCGGCGGAGACUCUUACGAAAUAGAAACAAUAGAAAAUCAUCCAGAUUACGACCCAAAAACCAUAAAACACGAUAUUUCUUUACUAAAAGUUAGAGGCACCAUUAAAUUCAGUGAUAAUGUGCAAGCGAUAGAAUUACCUACCAGCGACACUGGCGUUGGAGAAGUGUGCACUGUCACCGGAUGGGGAGACACUGAUAACCAAAACACAGUCCCAGACAACCUGCAAGCGUUAGAUCUAAAAACGAUAUCAAAGGAGAAAUGUAAUAAAGAAUUGGCACCAGCCCGUGAAUACCUUCCGAUUGAAGAUAAUCAGUUGUGCACGUUCAAUAAAGCUAGAGAAGGAAUUUGUGGGGGAGACUCGGGUGGGCCUCUAGUGAAAGACAAAAAACAAGUGGGUAUCGUCUCCUGGGGUGCUCCGUGCGCUGUGGGCGUUCCCGAUGUCUUCACGAGAGUAUAUUCGUAUGUGGACUGGAUAAAGAAGAAAAUUGAAAACUAG